CCUCCUCACCCGUCGAUUCGCUUGCCCAACAACCAAAACCUUAGAAGAAGCAAAGCAUUCGCUCACGACAGCCUUUGCCACAAUCUCAAGCCACAAAUAUAUAGAUAGAUUCCAUCUUCUUCCAUGGACACCAUCACCACCACCCCCCGCCGCCGCCGCCGUCACCAGCAAGUGUUAGGAGGAGCCGAAGUUGAAAUUUUGAUGAAAUUUCUUUUGAUUUGAUAGUUCAAUUUCAACAGCAAAUUGAUAGGGCCUCCGUUGAAGUGAAGGCCGAACCUUUGAUUCAACAAAUUUGAAGCAACCAAGGAGGAGGAGGAGGAGGAGGAGGAAGGAGGCAAGAGAGGAUCUUGUUGCCGUGGUCAUGGACGCGGACGCCGCCCCUUCCAUCCCCGGCAAGUGGAAGUUGGAGAAGCCCCACCACCACCACCGCCACCACCGUCUCCUCCACCGUUGGCAAAGUCUGCCAAAAUUGGUCUUUUGGUCUUUCUUCGCCCUCGCCCUCUUCUUCGCCCUGUUCCUCCUCUCCCCUUCUCCCCGUUCCCACCCUUCUUCCUCACCCUCCGGCACCCGCCGCUCCCUCGGCAUGAGCACGAGUCCCUCCUGGGGCGGUCCUGCCUGGGAGAAGCGCGUCCGCUCCUCCGCCCGCGUGCGCCGCGCUUCCGGGAAGUCCGUCCUCGUCACCGGGGCCGCCGGGUUCGUCGGGAUGCACGUGGCCGCCGCCCUCAAGCGCCGCGGCGACGGUGUCCUCGGCCUCGACAACUACAACGCCUACUACGAUCCCGACCUGAAGCGGGCGCGCCAGGCGCUGCUCGACCGCGCGGGUGUCUUCAUCGUCGAAGGCGACAUCAACGACGCUGCGCUGCUCCGCAAGCUGUUCGACGUGGUGCCAAUCUCUCACGUGAUGCACCUCGCGGCCCAGGCCGGCGUCCGCCACGCCCUCACCGACCCCGGUUCCUAUAUCCACUCCAACGUCGCGGGGCUCGUCGCUGUGCUGGAAGCCGCCAAGGCGGCGGACCCUCAGCCCGCGGUCGUAUGGGCCUCUUCCUCCUCUGUCUACGGGCUCAACUCCAAGGUCCCUUUCUCAGAGGCCGACCGCACCGACCGACCGGCGUCGCUCUACGCCGCGACCAAGAAAGCAGGGGAGGAGAUCGCCCACGUGUACAACAAUAUAUACGGCCUCUCCAUCACCGGCCUCCGCUUCUUCACCGUCUACGGCCCCUGGGGGCGGCCCGACAUGGCCUACUUCUUCUUCACCCGCGAUAUCCUCCGUGGGAAGCCCGUCUCCAUCUUCGAAGGCCCUGAUCACGCGACGGUCGCCCGCGACUUCACCUACAUCGAUGACAUCGUGAGAGGCUGUGUCGCUGCCGUCGACCACGCUGGGAAGAGUACUGGAAGCGGUGGAAAGAAGCACGGGCAGGCACCCUUCCGAAUCUAUAACCUCGGCAACACAUCCCCUGUUUCCGUCUCCGAUUUAGUCUCCAUCCUCGAGCAGCUUCUCAAGGUUAAGGCCGUCAAGAAGUUUGUGAAAAUGCCCAGGAACGGGGACGUACAAUUCACCCACGCCAAUAUUAAGCUCGCGGAGAAGGAGCUUGGUUACCAUCCAACGACUUCCCUCCAUUCCGGACUCAAGAAAUUUGUUCGUUGGUACCUCGACUACUACUCCACAUCCUUAAGCAAGCAGGCCAGCGAAGAAGAUAGAAGCAUUAGCAGCUAGCUAAAUUGAUAAAGCAUGUGAGAACAACUAAUCAAUUGCUGUGCGAUUGAGGUGGUUUAGCUUCUCCUUCUGCUUUCGCUGCAAAUUUCUCUCCUUGAAUUUGGUUCUAUUAGUCUUUUUAUCAGCUUCUAGUUCUUCCUUUCUGAGAGCCAUUGUUGCAUGGCUUUCACUGAAUCUGUUCUUGCGAAGAGACAGUAGCUCACCGUUUCUCUCAGUUCAAUAGUUUCUCUUCUUGCAUCAUUUUUAUUCAA